UUGUGAAGGUUGCAGUCGAAAGAACAACAGAACAAAGGGGAAAAAGGUUUUGGAGAAGAUAGUGUGGAAAUGGUGGUGGACCCGGGAAUGGUGGGUGGGCUAGUCUCUCUAUGUGGGUGACUGUAUUAUGAAGCUAUUUUAAAGUCUUAUGGUGGUUGGUUGUUCUCAGUAAAGCCAAAUCCAAGGCCAAUAUCAAGAAAGAGAAGACUUGUACGAUCAGAGAAGCAAAGAAGAAGAAAGUAUUUGAGAGAGAGAGAGAGAGAGAGAGGGAAGAGUAUAUUUGUGUGUAUGAGUUGAUUCCAAGACUCAAGAUGGGAGACAUGUCCGAGUUCAUCCCAACAGUACUAUUCCUUACUUCUUCAUGUCUUCGUGGAUCCCAAAGGUAAUUGGCUCUUCCUAACUGUAUAUUAAAGAGUCCAAGGUGAGGUAUUUUGGGAAAAAAAGAACAUUGUAUUCUGGGAUUAAUUAAACUAAUCCCUAAGAGAGUGGAAAGGAACCUACUUGUUGAAGGUUUCGUGGCUUUUGCAUAAAAGUCCGAAGUAUUGACAAAUUUGAGGCCAAUACGAAUUCUGGACUUGCCAAGAAACGAUCGGAAUUCCUGUUCAUUCAAUGCCCCGUUUUAUUGCUAAUUGCCCAUUGUGGUGGAAUUCCAAUGUACAUCGAAUUCCACCAGCUUUAUCUGAAAAUGCAUGCUUAAAAGCAGGAUCUUCUCCACAACUUUGUCACGAUGCAAAGCAUUUAGGUCUUCAACUCCCGAUCCAGGAAUCAGCCUCAAUUCAGUUGACUGGUCAAUCUCACCCCAAAGCAGGUGCUGCGGGAGGGAGCAAUUCUCAAGAUCAAUGCAUUUCAUCAGAAUCUGAUGGAGAUGAAGGCUGUGUCAGGGAUGUGGAAGGUCAAAAGAAGCCUUUCUUGUUGAAUAAUCCAUAUAUUAUUUGCAAUCCUUCACAAGUUGCUCACAACUAUUUAAUGUCUCGAGUGUCACAUGCCUAUGCCGAGCCAUGCUUGUUGACUACUUACAGACCACCAGCUAUUAUUCAGCCCGAGAUGGUGGGGAGAGUGCCUGCACGAGUCCCACUGCCACUUGAUUUUUCAGAUGAUGGACCCAUUUAUGUCAAUCCGAAACAGUACCAUGGAAUUCUUAGAAGGAGGCAGUCUCGCGCAAAGCUUGAGGCUAAAACAAAAGUUGUCAAAACUCGAAAGCCAUAUCUUCACGAGUCACGGCAUCGUCAUGCAUUAAAUAGGGUUAGGGGAUCCGGUGGACGCUUUGUUAGCACGAGAAAGCUUCAUAAUCCUGAUCCGGCCACCACUAGCAACAGCCAUUGCGUCUCUGGCUCCAUCGACUUACUUUCAAGUAAAACUAUGUCUGAGUUUGAUAGUCAUCGAUUUGCGGCUGGUCAAGAUACCACCUGCUCCAACAUAACACUUAUCUCCAAUAGCAAUGAUAACAAUACGUUUCAGCUGCGGGAUCCUAGAUUCUCAGGCAUCUCUCCCCUCAUUGGUGGAUCCAUGCAAUGCAACGGAGGCCUUGUGCCUGGUGGCACCCAGCACUGUGCUUCAGUCGUCCGGUAAGACGAAUACAAAAGACCACGUUAGUGGUCUGGCAAUUCAUCCUUGGCUUUGUUACUUUAUUUUCUAUAUGUUUCCUACAUGUCUUGCAAAAAGCGUUUGGCAUGCCACAAUGUAAUCUCUACCAAACUGUUUCAUUUGCAUGUGUUAAUAAGAGAACGUUGAUAUGGUUG